UAAUUAUUAUAUAUUGUUGACACUGUUUUUGACAUGAUAUUGGAAAACGGUCCAAAGUUCAAUUGAUUGUUAAAAAUGUUGUACGGUGAGUGUUUUACAUAUCUUUUGUAGGCCUACGAUUUAAUAACAGGGAUUACCUUAAAAUCGCUAAAACUGUGAUAAUUGGGAGAAAUGGAUCUGGUUCUCAACACCGCCGAUCACUACAUCUUGACGCCGCACGUGUAUCCGACGUGGUGGAAAGAAGAUGACGUCACACGUCAGCUAAUCAGUCUGUUUGCAAUCGUUAACAUUGGUGGAUACAUCAUGUACUUGUCGUUGGCGACAUUAAGUUUCUUUUUCGUCUUUGACCGAAGACUGCUGAAACAUCCAAAAAUUCUCAAGGAUCAAGUGAAACUGGAAAUAAUGUACACGUGCAGCUCUAUUCCGUUGAUGGCUGUACCCACCGUGGCCCUGUUCCUGUUAGAAGUUCGAGGAUACAGUAAACUGUACGACAGCGUUGACAACAAACUAGGUUAUGCUGGUAUCGUGAUUUCUGCGUUCACGUUUAUUCUGUUCACGGACGCUUGUAUCUACUGGAUUCAUCGUUUCUUGCACCACAAACUUGUGUACAAGCACGUGCACAAACCGCAUCACAAGUGGCUAGUCCCCACCCCUUUCGCAAGCCACGCCUUUCAUCCACUGGACGGAUUUCUACAGAGUUGUCCGUAUCAUAUUUAUCCAUUUUUAUUUCCAUUACAUAAAGGACUGUAUUUGUGUCUUUUUGUGUUUGUGAACAUUUGGACAGUGUCUAUACACGAUGGUGAUUAUAGGGUACCAGACGUUCUUAAACCCUUUAUAAAUGGUUCCGCGCACCACACGGAUCAUCAUCUGUUUUACAAUUAUAACUAUGGACAAUUUUUCACACUGUGGGACAGGAUUGGGGGCUCGUUCAGGUGGCCGAGUUCAUUCAACGGAGAGGGACCAGCGAAUGCGGUAGAAGAAUUGGACAAAUCUGCUGCACAAAAUGGUCACACUCCUCAGAAUGGACACCUGGAUCCUAAAAAGAAAAAUUAGAUUUAGAUCUAUAACCUGUUUCACUACUGUGAUAUAAAAUAUUUUGUUACAAUCAUAUCAUUCAUUUAAGUUAUAGGUUCUACAUUGAACUCUUUAUAUAAAACGUUACGAUGUGACAGCAAUAGCAUGUACAUAAUCACGAUAUUGAGUUACAUUUUUAAGGGACACAUCUCCGGAUUUAUUUUUUUUCGAAAAAUUAAGAACGUACUGUCGUGCCUUGUUAAAUAUAGAAAGGUAUAAGAUACAUUCAAGCAAUUCUAUGAAUAAUUAGUUGCAAAAACAUUUGUGUAAAUUAUAAAAAAAUAUUUGGAUGCAGUUUUUUACCACAUUCUACAAAUAUCAACAAGAUUGAAUUUUCUUGGCUGAUAUUUAGAACACAUUCACAUCUAUAUUAAAACCUUUUUUUAGGAAAGACUGGAUGCAUGCUGCUUUAAAACUUUGCAAUCGGAAUCAUAAAAAAGUCGCAGUUGCAUAAAUAGUUUUUGUAUGUACAUGUACGAUUUUUAUUACUCUUCUUCAUAUGAUAUUGGCAAUAUUUGUUUACUUUUAAAAAUGUUAUUGAUAAUAUAUUUUUUUACUUUUCCUUCAUGUUUUAACACCUUCGUUUCUUUUUUCAGGGCUAUGCCUGUUGUUUUAAUAACAAUGUAGACGCUAUGAUGAUAUUGACUAACAGGGUACAGUUAGAAUAGUUCAUUACCAGUGAAAAGUACUUUUAAUAUUUUCACUAAUAAACUUCACUCAAAAAUGUGCAAUCUGUCUUAAAACUUCUAAUAUAGAGAUAAUUAUUCAUGUUCAGACAAAAUUAUGUAGAAUUUAAUAUCUCUUAUCUAUUUGUCAAAUGUUUAUGAUACAGAACACUUUAAAAGGUCAUUAAAUGAAAUAGGAGAUGAAGAUUACUGUUGUUAAGUUUUAGCUAAAUAGGAGGAGAUGAAGAUUACUGUUGUUAAGUUUUAGCUAAAUAGGAGGAGAUGAAGAUUACUGUUGUUAAAUUUUAGCUAAAUAUGAGGAGAUGAGGAUUACUGUUGUUAAGUUUUAGCUAAAUAGGAGGAGAUGAAGAUUACUUUUGUUAAGUUUUAGCUAAAUAGGAGGAGAUGAGGAUUACUGUUGUUAAGUUUUAGCUAACUUUUCUUGAUUACAAAGUAAUUGCUCGAGGUUAGCUAGUGUGAUUGGCCUGUGUCCAUCGUCCGUCGUUGUCGGUUGUUGUAGGCUACUGUUACAUGUCACAAUUUUAACGCACUUGGUCAAAAUGUUAAUAAAAACACUCUAUUAUGAAUAUGUAUGUCACCAGAAAAGAUUAACUAACAACGUCUGAGGAUUAUUUACGUUUAUUUAUGUUUCCAAUAAAUGUUUUAUCGCUUGCGUUGAGCUCGGCACGGCCUCAAAAUGGCCGAUCAGAGUAUAUGCGCUAGCGGCUUUCAUUAGUGCGUCCGUCCGAUUUUGUCUGGACAAUAACUUUAACAUAUACGAGUUCUUAUGUUUCUUUCAUAUCAAUGUUUUUCUAAAUAAGUCAUUAUAUCACGCGCAAACCCUAUGUCAUAUCUUAAAGGUAAAUUUGAUAUACAUUAAGCAAUCUAUUUUUUUAUGCCUAAGUGUUUGCUUAUAUGAGUCAAAAGAGUCAUACGCAAAUUCCAGGCCUCUAUGUCAAUGGUCAAGGUCUCAGAAGGUCUAUAAAUCUGGUCUAGACCAUAAAGUUGACUUGCAUUGAGUAAUUUCUUUUUUCUUAUUUUGCAGAAAUUAGCUUGGUUAAACAUGUAUUGCAACAGGUCACAGGUCCCUAUCUCAAAGGUCAAGGUCACACUAAGGAGUCAAAGGUCAUGUAGUAUUUUGUUGGUGCUGUAACUUUGACUUGUAUGGAGCUUUUGUUUUAUUUUGGUUGAAAAGUACGAGUUACUGAGGCGGCAUUUGACCAUUAUUUUAAGAGAUUUCUUAUUUUUAGUAUGUUCUGUUAGAGAUUUAUUUAAUGAAUAAAAAGACCCAUUACAUAGAAUUAGAUCCCUAAGAAAAAUGUAUAUUUCUUUUUUUUUACUUUUGUAAUUACUUCCCUUUAACAUGGAAGUAUUCAAAAAGUGGGCAUUUUCUUUUAAUUUCGACACGAUUUCUUGUUUUACAUUUACAUUUGAUAGUUUUCGAGAUAUUUCAACAAUCUGGACCAAAAGGCAAGUUUUAAAACAGUGUGUAGCUUCCGAAUUCAUUUGCUUCGAAUGUAUCCUGGUAGCGCACCCAAGAUAGGUAAAGGGAAAUAAGUUUUUUACAAACUUGCAUUCUUUAUGAAUUUCGGCUAACUAUGUAUAUGUUAAUGUAAAUUUUUGCUAAAUAUGAUACAAUAGUUCGUAUAUUUGUAUAAUUCCAUAGGCAAAGUAGAUUUAUGAAAUUGGUACAUAUGCUAUAAAAACUCUAUCUUGUUUUGCAACCAGGAUAGGAAAAUCAAUUUAUAAGAAUACUCCUGUGAAAAUCUUCCAUGUAUUAGGCUCUCAAUGAACACAAGUGUAAAUGAUCAUUUCUUAAACUUUCAAACAAAUCCGUUACUUGAUCAAGUAUGUCAUUGCGACAUUUUUAUGUAAAGCUUUGUGAUUGUGUGAGUUUAUAAUACGUUAUUAAUGUCAUGUUUAAACAUAGAAUGUUUGUUUUAUACAAUAAAAGUAUGUUAAAAAGUUUCGCAUAUAAAUCGUAUUUGAUAUAAAAUAUAGUAUUUUGCAUUAAAGUCUGCUAUUUAUCAAAAUUCAUGUAUUAUUUAAAAAAAAUCUUACUACUUCCUGUUAUUUGCUAAAAACAUAUUCUUGUCAUAGAAGAAAUACAUUUUUCGAUUUGUUAAUUUGACAUUAGGCCUAAAAUACAUUUUAUUUUUUUAAUAAAAGUAACAUGUACUAUACUUUACACAAUUAUAUAUUAAAUGUUGUUGUAAAAACCUUAA